GGCCGAGCCAUGAGCCUGCCGCGGGCCGCCGCCGAGUGGGUCGAGGACGGGCGGGAGCCGGAGCCGCUGCUGGGGCCGGAGGCGGGCGGCUGCGGCUUUGCCCCUGGCUGGUUGGGCGUGUGCUGCGCCGCACGCGUGCCCGCCGCGUCGUCGCGCUACCUGCUGCCCGCCGACGAGGAGGACGAGGCGGCCGUGGCGGGGGGCGCGGCGCGGCGUACCGGCGGGAGCAGCCCAGGGGGAGCGCGGGGCGGCGGCGGGCGGCCGCGGGGCGGCGGCGGCGGCGGGGCCGGGCCGCGGGCGCAGGUGAGCGGCGUGCAGAAGCAACGGCGGCUGGCGGCCAACGCGCGGGAGCGGCGGCGAAUGCACGGGCUGAACCACGCCUUCGACCAGCUGCGCAAUGUCAUCCCCUCCUUCAACAACGACAAGAAGCUUUCCAAGUACGAGACGCUGCAGAUGGCGCAGAUCUACAUCAGCGCCCUCGCCGAGCUGCUGCACGGGCCCCCCGCGCCCCCCGAGCCGCCCGCCAAAGCCGAGCUCCGCGGGGCCCCCUUCGAGCCGCCCGCGCCGCCCCCUCCUCCGCCGCCCCGUGCCUCGCCCCCCGCGCCCGCCAGGACUCGCUUCUCCCCGGCGGCGGCCGCGGGCGGUUUCGCGGCGCAACUCGAGCCGCUGCGCUUCCCCUCUUUCCCUGCGCAAAAAGCGCCUUCUCCCGCUCUGCUCCUGGGGCCGCCCGCGCCGCAGCAGCCCGAGAGGAGCAAAGCGUCGCCGCGCUCUCACCGCAGCGACGGGGAGUUCUCGCCGCGCUCCCACUACAGUGACUCGGACGAGGCCAGCUAGGGGGCUGCGGGGCCGCGCCUCCCACCUGCCCGCUGCCUCCGGGGCCGCGUCGUUACGCCGCCGCGCAGUCGCUCCUCUCAGAGUUUCCGUUGCCCAGAAGUCGCUGCCGUCCCUUCCUGCCAACGCGGGGCGAGCAUCGCCGCGACGUCCGCCCCGUGCCGUCCCCGCAGAACGCACCCCGCAGACGGCGCUCCCUGCGAGAGCGCGGCGCAGAGCACUUUAUCAGCGGCGGAGACGGAGGCGCGGAGGAGAGCCGCCGACUGCCAAGAGAAGCCCCGCGCCGCGGUGGGCGCCGAUCCGGAGAAACGCGAACUCUUCGCUCGUGUCAAACUUUUAUGUUCGUUUUAUUUCGCUUUUGUGGUAAUAGGAAACUUAUUUAUUACGGAGUGUUUGCUACUAUUUCUGCUUUCUGGUUGUUUGUUUUUUGUUGUGUUUUUUUUUUUUUUUAAACAAAACUUUUCUACGACGAAAAUCGUUUAUUUGAAUUUUAGCCCAGCCAACUGCCACUGGUUUAUGUAUUUUUU